AAUUUGAAGCUUGCUGCUCAUGAUGGCUGCCCUAUGUCAGACCCAAGAGGAGAUUUGCGCAUGAUUCAUACGCCUCUGGUCACUUGGAUAGCCGACUACCCUGAGCAACUGCUCAUCACAUGUACAGCCUCAAAAUGUUCCCCAAUCUCUCUUGCUACUGCUGUCCAAUUUGGAGAUCCUCUCCCACAUCCUCCUCAAACUCAUUUUGACACUCUCAAUGCCAUCAAAAGGGCAUGCACUAUUUCAGAUCCCUGUGACAUCGCAUCCUUC